AUGUAAUUUUAGGUAUUCAAUAUCUUAAUUAUUAAAGUGUUCAAGAAUGAAAAGAUUCGUUGAUUUUGGUUUACAACUAAAUAUUAUUGUAAUUAGUAACCAAAUUAUUAUCCUAAAAAAAUUCAAGAUGAUUCUUUUAACUAUUUUAAUUGGGUUUGGUUAUGCUUUGAUGAUGAAAUCAACUCAUACCACUAGAGGUAUAAAUGUAAUUGAAAUUGAUUUGAACAAUUAUGACGAAUUUAGUAUUGGUCAAUCAACUAUAGUUAUAAGUUUGACUUAUAACCCUAUUACUUCGUAUCCUAUACUUUCAUAUUGCUCGAUAACGAAUUUAAACAUUAUAAAAAGUAUCAUAAGCUCGAUAUCUCAAGUUAAAACUUAAAUAGAAUCAAAUAAGUAUAUUGUUUUCAAUACUUAGGAAAUAGUGUAUUUUUGAUAACAAUGCUAUAUUAAAUUAAUAGAGUUAGCAAUAGAUCAUAUUAUAUGAUUAUAAUGAAGAGCAGUCUGAGUGGAUAUACAACAAAUUUAGUAUUUUUGGUAUGAAGGAAAGAAAAUUCUCAAUUUACAUUUUUUCAAGUGAAGACGCAGAAUAUCAAAUAACAAUUGCCGAUUAAGCACCGUUAACGUGCUUUUCUAAGUAUGAGGUUAAUUAUUAAUAGAAGUUGUAACAAUGUUGGGCUAUGCUCAUAUAGUCAACCUUCGUUUUGUGUAUGCAAUGGGAAUUUAUUUGGAACAAAUUGUUAAAUUUAAUCACUGCCCUAUAAGGGAAAUGAAUAAUAAGUCGUAAUAUAUGUGAUGAUCAUUAGGUAUCUCUCGAAAGCCAAAAAGAGGUUUUAAUUUCAAUACCACUGAACUUGAAUAAUACGAAUUCAUUGGACAUUAACAUAAAUGCUAAUUAAAAAAUCGAUUGUUUUUUGGCAUGCCAAUUUGAGAAAGAUUACCUUCCAUUUCAUGAUAGUCAAUUUUAUGAUUUGAAUAAGAUGGACAAUGGAAAGAUCACAUACUCAAGUGAAAAGGUGAAGGAAUGUUUAAGUCUAUUCGAUGAAAUUAAUUAAUAACUAGGCUAAUAAAUGACUCCACUGCUUUUAUUAUUGUUUUAUAAUAAAUAAGCAACGAAUGUUUUAAUAACAAUGAGUGUCGACGCAGCAAACAGUGAUCACUCGGAUGAUAGAAUCAUAUAUUACAUUCUUGCUGGUGCGUUUGCAUCCUUGAUAUUGGCUUUUGUUUUGAUAGGUUGCGCACUUAUUUGCAGAAAAAGGAACAAUAAGCAAUUUGAAUAAUAUUCAUCAGACCGAAGAAACAGCACUGAAAAAUCACAAAAAGAAGGGAAAUUUCAUGAAAGACAAUUCUCUGGAGAUUUUAUCCCUGUUGAAUUAUAUGAAUAAGUGAUAUAAGAGUAUCCAGGGUUGAAUGUGAUUACAGAAUGUUAGAUUUGUUUAGUUGAAUUUGAUAAUCAGGAUUUAGUAAAACUGACUUAUUGUUUACAUCUCUUUCAUUAAUCUUGUUUAGACGAAUGGAGAAAGAAAUUGUAGGUAAAGAUGCAUUGUCAUUUAGAUAUGCCCUGUUUGCAGAGGAGAUCUAACUAAAUAAAAGUAUAAGGAGAGAUUAAAAGAUUAGGAAAUAUUUUAAUUUGGAGUAAUUGCUGGAGAUGACAUCCAAAUUGAUAAUAAAAAGAUAGAAGAGUUUAUCAAAAGAGAAUAGAGAAUUCAAUAAUUGUAAAACAUCUAUAUUUAAAAUUAGACAACUUGCUCAAUCAUCCUCUGUUAUAAAUACUCUGAAAGAAAGUUCUCCAUCACCAUCAUCAGGAGAACCUUUGAAAUUAAAAUUUUAAUAAAAAUAAUAAAAGUGA